GCCGGCGGCGACAUGGCGUUGACAGAGUCGGGGGCGAAUGCGCUGCAAAACGCCAUGAAGUUGGCGAGAGCCGCGAUCCAGUUGGACACGGAGAGCAGGCAGAAGGAAGCUUAUUGCGAAUACCUGAAGAGCAUAAACUUUAUUUCACAAGCGUUAUUAGAAGAUGCCCAAUCAAAAGAUGAGAUGGAGCUGGUAACACCUGAAGUGCAAAAGAUGCUGAAAUUGGCUGAUCAGUGCUUGGAAAGAAUUAAGACCACUGCUGCUAAACUCGGUAAAAUGGAAAAUAAGCCUGCAGCAAGCCAAGACAUCAAACCUUCAUACGUGCCAAGUCAUCGUAGAGUUGCCUCUGAUGGAGGAGGAAAUAGUGCAUCACUUUUACCUCCUGAAAGCUUAAAAAAAAUGCAGACUGCAGAAAUGCUGAUAACCAAAAGAGAACUUACUCCAUUGGAAGAAGCAUCGCGACAGAACCAGAAAUUAAAGGCUGCUUAUGAGGCACGGAUGGCACGGCUGCAUCCUAAGCAGGGCAUGCAGAAAACUUCACUGAGAUUGUCUCUUCAGCGACAGAUGAUGGAGAACUUGAUCAUUGCACAGGCAAGGCAGGCGGCUCUGCAAAGAAAGAUGGAAGAACGGAGAGUGAGACUUCAAGAAGAAGCCAACAGGAGAUUUUCAAGCAGUGCCACACUGACCCCUGAAGAAGAGGAACAGAGAAAUAUAUACACCAGCAUUUUAGAGUUUGAGCAAGACCAUGAAUGGCCCAAACAAUGGAAAAUGAAGUUAAGGUCACAACCUAAUGACCAUGUUCUGGUAGCUGGCCUUUUAUCCCAAAUACUGAGUUGCUCAGAAUAUCCAGUCUCCCAACUCCUGAAGAAACUGCAGUGCAAGAUCUACAGCAAGCUUUAUCCGAUUGUGAAUAAACAUUUUUUAGACCUGGCUAGCGUCAAUGAGCUUGAUGCAGGCACCGGAUUGUAUUCAUCCCUUUCACAGUAUUCUCUGAAUACAGACGUGACACCUUCACUCAACAGAGGAAGCAGGUUAAAGUCUUCCAAAAGUGCAUGCUGCUUGCAAUCUGUUCAAGAUCACAAUAAAAUAAAUAAUAGUGGAUUAAGACACAGUUCUUCUGUUAGCUCAUUUGCAUUUGCUGAACAUCAAAAUGCAAAUUCAGAUAUUAGAGAUCAGAGUGGACUGGCUCAAAAUAUUACAGGUCACCAAAUCAGUUCAACUACAAAUGUUACGCCAAAUUUGAUGGCUGAUAAGGAUAGCCCUUUUGAAGAUUUGGAACAUUAUGUGAUGAAGUUUGAGCAACAACCAGGAAGCAUUACAGAUAGUCUGAUGCAGAUGACAAACACUGAUCAUCUUCAUCAAAUGGAAGAUAUUUCAUUGCAAAACCUUCUGAAGAAUAUUGUAACAGAUGUACAUAAUUCAAUAGAUAGGCUGCUGUCCUUAUGUGUUCUUGCCUUUGAACCUCUCAACACUGCGACUGGAAAAGAUCAAUGCUUGGCCAGCAUUGAGGAAGCUUUGUUCCGGCCUAUCUGGGUGUUCCUUUUGACGCUGUUUAGAAAAGUGAAUGUACAGAGGGAACUAGCUCUUGAAAAGAGCAUGAAAUUGUACAAGAAUGUUGUCCCAGCAGAUAUUGGUGUUGCAGCUAAGCUUUUCCCCAAGGAAUCUGCUGCUUCAAAUGAUUCCUAUCCUUAUGAAGUGGCAGUGCAGGAGUUAAGGUUAAUAACCAAAGAAUACUGUCCACAAAAGAAGCUUGAAUGUAUUGUACGAACACUACGUCUUAUCUGCGAAUGUGCUGAACAUUACUGCAAUUCUAAGGAAGCUGGUACCCUGCAUGUUGCUUCUGCAAUCGGUGCCGAUGAUCUAUUACCUAUUUUGUCUUAUGUCGUACUGAAGAGCAACUUAACGCAACUCAUAUCGGAGUGUGCAGCUUUGGAAGAAUUUAUUCAUGAAGGAUAUUUAAUUGGUGAAGAAGGCUACUGUCUGACAUCUAUGCAGAGCGCUCUCUCAUAUGUGGAAUCUCUAUCCAAAGGAUGAUACUACAGUUUACAUCCAUGUAUUCACUAUGGGGAAUGUUCAAAAAUUACUACUUGUUACACUUAGUAAAUGUUUACUUUUGUAUUAAAUUCACUGGAGCCAAGGCACUGUUCUUCAUGCUUGUGUAAAAUAAAUUGAAGCAUUACAGUACUUAGGACAGUCAUUCUGCUGUUGCACAAAAUAACUCACUAAAAAAUUAACCUCUGUGUAUGAAAUUGUUAGGCUAAAAUAUUGUGGUUGUUUGAGAGUAAUGAUCUAAGACUGCAUUGAGGAAGCUAAAAGUUGAUUUGGUUAACUAAUACUAGAGAAUGCUAGUACACACUGGGCAUUGGAGCUAAACAAGUGCAUACAGUGUAAAUAUUGCAUUUUCUACCGAGUUUUGAUCUAAGAUUCUACCAAUUUUUUA